AUAAAUGCUCUGGAAAAAGGACGAGUGAUUAGUCUGAAUAGCUCAAAAGCAGAACCCCAGCAAGAUGGCAAGACCAUUUCUCUCCAUGCUUUGGAUUUCGUAGACAGAGUUUAAGCAGAUGCAUAUUUUUGAGCUCUCAGAGGAAUUAUCCAAUCUUUUUUGCAAGCAACUUUAAAUAGGGAAGGGAUCUAGAGACCAUCUGAGAUCACGAUUUGCCCUCUGGAGCUCCAGACUUCACCGGGCUUUCACACAGGGACAAGGGUCAAACCAAUACUGGACUGGAGACAGAAUGACGAGAAUGAAGAAGGUAUCUCUGUUUUAUCCGAGCGGCUGAGACUCGUGGGUCUCACGGGUCGCCUGGUUCUUUCUUUAGUGGAUCCUGGGCUCUCUGUGCACCACUGAAGAUCAGCAGGGUUACUUCCUGGGGGUGACUGUGCUGACUGAACCGCAGCCAUGCUGUGUGGUCUGAGGAGGGACUCCAAGAACAGCACUGAUGAAGGACCAUAUUCGAAGGGGAGCAAGGAGUCCGGGGGACCUGACCAAUCACAUUUGUCCAGGAGGCGCAGCCUUUCAGAGGAGUACCGAGGAGUGACCACGGUGGACCUGAUGAAAAGGGAAGGCAGCAGCCUCGGCCUCACCAUCUCCGGAGGGUCUGAUAAGGACGGCAAGCCCAGAGUGUCAAACCUACGGCCAGGUGGGCUAGCUGCCAGGAGCGACCAGCUGAAUGUAGGAGACUACAUCAAGUCAGUGAACGGCAUCAACCUGUCAAAGCUCCGCCACGAUGAGAUCAUCAGCCUGCUGAAGAACAUCGGGGAGCGAGUCGUGCUGGAGGUGGAGUACGAGCUGCCCCCGUUCGUCCAUUCCCCUGCAGGAGUCUUAACCAAAUCCAUAGAGGUGUGUUUACACAAGGAGGGAAACAGCUUUGGGUUUGUCAUGAGAGGAGGCUUCCAUGAAGACUGGCGCAGGUCUCGUCCACUGGUGUGCACCUACGUCAGACCAGGGGGUCCUGCUGACAGAGAGGCCACCUUGAAGGCCGGGGACCGAGUAUUGAGCAUAGACGGGAUGCCUUUAAACAGAGAGAAGCACGCUGACGCUUUGACCAUGCUGAUGCAGAGCGGCCAGGAAGCUCUGUUCCUGAUUGAGUAUGACGUCUCUGUCAUGGAGGCGGUGCAGCAAGCCUCGGGCCCUCUGCUGGUGGAGAUAGUGAAGGGUCCCUCUGCCAGCCUGGGGAUCAGCCUCACCACAACGAUAUACAGGAGCAAACAAGUCAUUAUCAUCGACAAGAUCAAGGCAGCGAGCGUGGUGGAGAGGUGCGGGGCGCUGCAUGCCGGGGACAUCCUCCUGUCCAUCGAUGGGACCAGCACGGAGCACUGCCACCUGAUGGAGGCCACACAGCUUCUCGCCAGCACCUCAGAUGUCGUCAAACUAGAGAUUCUCCCGGCGAGUCAGAGCAGACUUCCUGUCAGGCCACAAGACACAGUCAAAGUCCAGAAGAGCAACCAUCACCACUGGGACCAAAGCAGCAACUACUGCCAUCCCCCACACGCCACCCACAGCAAGACAUGGAGCAGCCCCAGCCACCCACACAACCAGCAAGACCACUGCAAAUCUCUGGUGAGUGGGGGCUUCUCCCCGUCCUCCACUGCCACCUCAGGCUUCAGCAGCCAGGGCAGCAACACACUGCCCUGCUCCGUCCCUCAGAUGGCGCCCAACAGCCCCCGCAGCACCACCAGCAAGAGGAGGAACAGGAAGAAGGACCACAAGAGCUCACUGUCUCUGGCGUCCAGCUCUGUCGGCCCGGGGGGGCAGAUUUUCCACGUGGAAACCGGCGAGGUCUUCCUGAGGGGGGAUCCGCUCACAGGUUUCGGGCUCCAGCUGCAGGGGGGUGUCUUUGCCACAGAGACCCUGUCCGCUCCCCCAGUCAUCCGCUUUAUUGAGCCCGACAGCCCGGCCGAGAGGUGUGGGCUGCUGCAGGUUGGAGACAGACUCUUGUCCAUCAACGGGAUCCCAACUGAAGACGGCACUUUGGAGGAAGCUCAUCAGCUGCUCAGAGACUCAGCUCUGGCCAAUAAGGUCACAGUGGACGUUGAGUUUGACGUGGCAGAGUCGGUGGUUCCCAGCAGUGGCACUUUCCAUGUGAAACUACCCAAGAGGAGAGGAGUGGAGCUGGGCAUCACCAUCAGUGCGAGUAAGAAACCUGGCAAACCCCUCAUCAUCUCCGACAUCAGAAAAGGAAGUAUAGCACACAGAACAGGCACCCUGGAGCCCGGGGACAGGCUGCUGGCCAUCGACAGCGUGCGGCUGGAGAACUGCACCAUGGAGGACGCCAUGCACGUCCUUCAGCAGGCCGAGGACAUGGUCAAGCUGCGGAUCCAGAAGGACGAGGACAACAUUGAUGAGUUGGAGAUGUCCGGCUCUAUAAUCUACACAGUCGAGCUGAAGAGGUACAAUGGACCACUGGGCAUCACGAUUUCUGGCACAGAGGAACCCUUCGACCCCAUCGUCAUUUCUGGCCUCACUAAGAAAGGCCUGGCAGAGAGGACCGGGGCCAUCCACAUAGGGGACCGAGUCCUGGCCAUCAAUGGGGUCAGUCUGAAGGGAAAGCCACUGAGCGAGGCCAUCCACCACCUGCAGAUGGCCGGGGAGUCCGUCACCCUCAAGAUCAAGAAACAAGCAGACAAGUCUGAUGGUCGACAGCCUCUGGACAGAGAAGCUGGGUUUCUCAGUGAUCCAGAGGACGAACUGAUGGACUCCCAUAAGAUGAGUAAACACUCCGAGGUCUAUUCUGCCACUGUUCCCAGUAUAGACUCUGCCAUGAGCUCCUGGGACAGCUCUGGGUGCGAUGCGGGGUACAGCAGCCAAGGUACAUAUCUUCACAAAGCCUCCGAUAUAUUGCUCAAUCCCAAUGACUGGAGGCGCACUCCGCUCAGGAGCCACACAAGUUCAAGCUCUGCGGGGUUAGUCCACCACUCGGCACUGUAUGACGGGAGGUUCAGUGAGGAUGAGUGGGACAAGAUACCAGGAUUCGUCAGCCCUCCUCGUUUCCAUGGCACCCUAAACCAUGAGGACAGCUUCUGGUCCCAGGCUCUGCAGGACCUCGAGACCUGCGGCCAAUCGGAGAUUCUCAGGGAGCUGGAGGCAUCCAUGACAGGUAGUGCACUUAGCCUAUACCUAGAGGAGACCAAGACCAAUGAAGACUUGAUGUUUCAGUCUGAGUUUAGCCCCAUUAAAAGGGAGGGAAUCAACCACACUGAGUCAAAGACUAAAAGUAUCCUGAACACAUCGACUGGAGCCAGAGAUGCCGCAGCCAGGGGCAGAGGGGACCUCUGUGACGGUUUGUCCAGUACCACUCUGGCACUACACAAGGUAGUGACCGUAAGGAAAGACCUGGAGAGCCAUGACUUCGGUUUCAGUGUGUCUGACGGGCUCCUGGAGAAAGGGGUGUUCGUCAACAUGAUCCGUCCUGAAGGCCCAGCUGAUCAGGCGGGUGUAAAGCCUUUCGACCGCAUUCUUCAGGUGAACCGUGUGAGAACCAGGGACUUGGACUGUUGUCUUACCGUGCCCCUAAUUAUGGAGGCUGGAGACAGCCUGGACUUGGUCAUUAGCAGGAAUCCCCUGGCAGCCGCCGACACCGGGCUGCCUGACGACUGUGACGAACCCUCAAACUCACUGUUCUGCUUUCACGAACACAUGACCAGCAGCAUCGCCCUGUGAUCGCAGAGAAAAGACACCAGUCCUGGGACACGCACACCAAACACAUCACGCACAGUUUAGUUUGUCACAUUGUACCUCUCAGAGAGACCUUCACACUCAUGUUCCGCUCGCAGAGCAUCCUCUCACAUGCACAAACACAAACCGCCACUCUCCAGCCCCUGAAAGCAUUUGUCGCUCACACAGCUACAAGUGCAUGUUGUUCACUGUUCUCGGUUUUAUGCACCGUUCCUUGGAGGCUCUGAAUCUCCCCACCUCCCUUCCUCCCCCACAACACCAGAGGCAAAGCCGCAUGUAGAGUUACAUAACAGGGGUCUCAUGGCUUCUGACGGAGCCAGGAUGACUUCACAGACACACACACACAAACACACACACACCUCCGGUCUGGAGAGAGAGUCAAAGGCCGCACGCACAUAACCCCAGCAUAAAUUUACCUUCCUUUCCUGUAAUGGGAUUCAUGUUGUGAUUCAAAGAACAAGAAUCCAGUUGUGCAAAGCAGAUUUUUUUUUCUUUCUUUAUGUUGAACACAAAAGACUCCCAUGCAAUGCUCUAUAUGCACAGAACACACACAAGCCAACCCACACAUAGAUGGGCGGUGGGGGUGGACUGAGUUAUUUCCGCCAUGUCUUGGCUCACUGCCCCUGUUUCCAGUCUCUCCUCCACACUGCCCCCCCCCCCACACACACACACACACACACACACAAACACACACACACCCACACAGAAGGGACAGUAGCUCCAAAUAGACGGAAAGCUACCAGAUACUUUCCAAGUAUCAUGAACUAUAAUUUACACCCCUUAUAUCUUAAUACCACAAAUGCUUUUACACUCUCACCUUCCUGUUUUGAAGUGGAAUAUCCCUUAACAAAUAGGUAGUUUUUUUUUUUGGUUACUUUAUUUUUUAAUCCAUACACAAAGUUUACGAAGAUCGUUUUGCACGUAUGCAAGUUUCUUUUCAACACUGCAUUUGCAUACACAGCCCACGGUUUCAUCCAAAAGUUCACUUUCACUUUUUCACGUUUCACUGUGAGUCUGAGUUUCUGUUUGUGGCAGCUGAAUAUUUUUUUUCAGCAGUUCGAGGUCUAUCACAGAUUUUUCCUCAAAUUAAUCACAUCCUUUACCGGAACAGAGGAUGAAAUGCCUUUUACAUUUUCAGUGAUAAAUGAUUUCACCCUACAUCUGAUUGGGUUUAUCAUCAGUGGGAUUUGUUUGUGCCAUACCAGUAUCUAUAAGCAUGUUAAGCAUGCAUAAGUAGCUCUUCCUCCUGACAUAAAAAGACAAACACUGGAUUAAUCUCUGCACCAACUGGAUUUCUGUGCGAGUGCUUUCCCCUUUUUUCUUAUCAUGAAAUUGUGUUUUUUACAAAGCAUAGGUGUAAAAAAUCUAGUGUGUCGAUCAAGCUGCCUCUUUGGAAAUUAAUACUAAUUUUAGUAUCAUGUCUUGCCUGAUGUGAACUUGUGAGAUCAUUGGAGACUGGUUCAUCCUUUUCCAAAUCUUAUUUCUGAAUCAAGUCUUUUACUAAAUAUCAUGUACUGAGGUCGAUUUUUGAGAUUUAUAUUAAUUUUAUUGUAUUGUAUCUUUUUAUUUUUACUGUAUGAUGGUAUGCAGUGCUAUAUUUUUAUUGAUCGUACAUGCGCAUAUGUUGUAGUGUCUUCAUUUAAGCUGUGAUACUGAAUGUGGCUGCACAUUUCUUCGGGUUGAUUUCCACAUCCUCCCUGAAUAUGUCAGGAAUCUGUUAGAAAGAACUUGAAAGAUUAAUUGGAUAAUAUUUUAUUUUUGUUAUUUAAUUUAUUAUAAACUAAGAAAUGUAUUCCUUUUUAUGGAAAUAAAAUUAUGAAACCUUA